AUGAAGCGGCGAAGGUUUCAAUGUAACCGAACGCUCAUCAACAUCGCCUCCAAGUUAAUCCUCCUCGAUAUCCCCACGCCAGAACCAACCCCUUCGCGGCCCUCGACAUCACACGACAGGCAUACCUUCAAAGACGGCAUAUGCAACCAAUCGCCCUGGAUCAACCGCCGUAUCCUCGAUGAACUUACGGAACGAGAAUUAUACCUAGCAUGUCGCCACGUCCUGCUGCACUCCAAGCUGUCCGAUCAUGGCGUGAGGAACACAGGCUCCAAGCUAGACUGUGAUGGGUCUGGAAGACAGAAGAAUCGCAUGACACAAGCCUGCGAGACCAGCGUACACAUGCCCAUCAGCGUGCUCGCAGAGUUGUCGUCAACUUCCUCCAUCGGACGAGGACCCAACAUCAAGACCCGAACGCGACCGAAGGCAAACAUGGAGGCAAGAGCAAGGAGCUACGGAGAGAUGUCUACAUGCGCGAACAGUAAUGGCAAGCGAGCCGCUUUCGGACAGUUCGACGACCGGGAUGCUCAGAAGCAGGGGAAGUUGAGGAUGCGCGACAGUUUUCCCGACUGUGUACCGCAAUGGACGAACAGAUGCGACGAAGAUGUUACGCUACCCAUGAUUGUGGAUACGAUCGCGCGCGGAAUCCUUCCGACCGAGCCCAAGACUCAGGCCGAGAUUGGCGAAAUCUCAAGUCUGAAGGCAACAUUCAUUGACUCGAUGUCUAAGAAGGACAAAAAGGAUAAUUAA